CUAUAUAUAUUCUGAUAAGAGUCUAUGGGUAGUCUGUGGGUACGAGUUAGCGUAAAUCGGGCAUUGCAUCCGUUUUUCGCGGAAAUUUGUUCUCGACGUCAAUUUCUGAAGCCUAUUUAUCGAUUAAUAAGCCGAAGAUGGGCCUACUUUCUGAAGGAAGUCCUUUAAAUUGGGAAGAGACGAAGAAAUUGUCCGAUCAUGUGCGCAAACAUGGGGUUAUUCAAUUUAUUAACCUUUACAAAAGACUCAGAGAUAGACAAGGAGAUGUUCUCAAGUGGGGUGAUGAGGUAGAGUACAUGCUCAUAAAAUUUGAUGAUGAUUCAAAAACUGCAAAACUCAGCUUAAGAGCUAUGGAAAUAUUAAAAAUCUUAAAUGAAAAAGAAAAUGAAGAUCCAAAAAAUGUAAAGUCACUUUGGAGACCAGAAUAUGGUGCUUAUAUGAUUGAAGGAACUCCAGGAAAACCAUAUGGAGGAUUAUUAGCUCAUUUUAAUGUUGUUGAAGCUAACAUGCGUUAUCGAAGACAAGAAGCAACAAAAUUAUUACAACCUAAUGAAGUUUUAAUGUCAUUAACCGUUUUUCCAAGAGUAGGCGCUCCUGAAUUUACUGAUCCUCCUGCUUAUCCGGCAUUCAAUACUGGUGCCUCCAAGAGCUUAUUUUUUCCUGAUGAAGCUAUAUAUCCUGGUCACCCACGUUUCAAAACAUUGACUAGAAACAUAAGAGAACGACGUGGAGAGAAAGUUGCUAUAAACAUUCCCAUUUACAGAGAUAAAAGUGUACCAUUGUUAUUUAAAGAAGAUCUUAUCGAUAAGGGAGAUGAUGGAUCCUCCUCUAAGGCAUCUAAAGAUAAUCACAUCUACAUGGAUGCAAUGGGCUUUGGGAUGGGAUGUUGUUGUUUACAACUCACUUUUCAAGCAUGUAAUAUACAAGAAGCAAGAACAUUAUAUGAUCAAUUGACACCUUUAUGUCCAAUUAUGUUAGCUUUAACUGCAGCUAGUCCAUUUUAUCGCGGUUAUAUAAGUGAUGUUGAUUGUCGAUGGAGCGUCAUAUCUUCAUCAGUGGACUGCAGAACUCAAGAGGAACGUGGAUUGAAACCUCUUAAGGAAAAUAAAUUUAGAAUCAGUAAAUCUAGAUACGAUUCUAUCGAUUCGUAUCUUAGCAAACAAGGGGAGAGAUAUAAUGAUGUCCCUGUGACAUAUGAUGACGAAAUAUAUAAGCAACUUUUGGACAACGACAUUGAUCAUUUACUCGCGCAACACAUAGCUCAUUUGUUUAUCAGAGAUAGCGUAUCUUUAUUCUCCGAAAAAGUACAUCAGGACGAUUUGAAAGAUACUGAUCACUUUGAGAAUAUACAGUCUACAAACUGGCAAACGAUGCGUUUUAAACCACCACCGCCAAAUUCUUCUAUCGGUUGGCGUGUAGAAUUCCGUCCAUGUGAAGUUCAAAUCACGGACUUUGAAAAUGCCGCAAUAGUUUGUUUUACAGUAUUAUUGACGAGAGUCAUAUUGAGUUACAAAUUAAAUCUUUUAAUUCCAAUCAGUAAAGUUGAUCAAAAUAUGGUCAAGGCGCAAAAAAGAGAUGCGGUCAAAGUGGAGAAAUUUUGGUUUCGUCGUGAUAUUACUUCAGACAUAAAAUCUGAUGAUGCUCAAUCAGAAUACACUGAAUUUACAAUUAAUGAAAUUAUUAACGGAAAGGAUGGUAUUUUCCCUGGUCUUGUGCCAUUAGUUAAUUCGUAUCUUGCUAAUAUGGAUGUAGAUGCAGAUACACAUUGCACUAUACAAAGAUACAUAAAAUUAAUACAAAAACGAGCUUCUGGGGAACUUUUAACAACUGCAGCCUGGCUAAGGAAAGAGGUCACUUCACAUCCUGAAUAUAAGCAGGAUGCUGUAAUAACACAGCGCAUCAACUAUGACUUGCUAAAAAAAAUCCAUAGCAUUGUUUCCAAUGAUGUAUUAUGUCCAGAGCUACUCGGACAGUGUAUAUUAUCUAAAACUACUGAUACCAUACCUGCUGCUGUUGCAAAAGCAGAAAAAUGUUCAACAACAAAUUGUUAAUGAUUUUGAAACAUUUCAGGUAAAUCAAUAAAUAUCUCUUUUUUUAAUGUCCUUAU